AUGGCUCUGCACCAAAGGGGAUAUAAUUUCAAACCUGGAAAAUACAAGCUCGCUAAGGGAUAUGAUUUAAUAGCAUAUCAUCCAAAUGACAUGAACGAAUUUACUCCGAGAUAUUUGAUGUCAGAGCUAAAUGACAAUUUAACUCUCUUCAUGAAACGCGUAAAAAAUAGAGACGGAACGAAAGAAGAAAGGUUUAUGAGUCCGGAUGACUUAGAAAGGGAACUUGUUGAAAACGGUCUCGGAAUAUAUGAAAUGCCAGCAGAUGAGGUACAAGAAACUCCACAGGAAGAACUAGUUCAGAUACAACCAGACAUGGAAGAAAUAGUUCAGCAACAAAAGCUAGAAGAGCCUGAAGGAAACGAACAAGUCCUUCCUUUGGAAACUAACUUCACAGAACUAGAUGAAGAUUUGGAACAGCCGAAAAAUCUUGACCCUCAACAAGAGUAUGCGGAGAAUAUGGAAUAUUUCCAAGAGUCUAAAAAAAAUUCGGCUGACAUAGUAGAAGAAUAUCGAAAAAUGUUUGCCGACAUACAAAAGACUCCAACAUCAGAUGAAAAUAUCCAGCAUAGAAUGGAAGAACUGAAAAAAAAUGUACACAAAUACAACAACCCUUUUUACUUACGAGCAUUUAACGUUCAAUCUUCGGAUGAACUCGGUGAAGAUAAAAGGUUAAAUUUCAAGAAAACAUAUAGAAAUGAAACAUUGUUUAAAGUUCAUUCAGAACCUAACCAAGAUGGAAACAAACCUACUUUUGUUUCUGCAGACGAUGGAACUACAAUGAGAUGGGGUCAUAA